UCUAAAUCAAUUGAAAAGUAUCACUGAAACGGAUCCAAUGGUUUGCAUAGAAGUUAACGAUUUGUUGGAUGAAAUGAUGACUGAAAACAAACGACUCGUCAAUGAGUUGUUGUUUGCAAACAAUUGUUUGAAUUUAUUGAAUGAAUUGAAAAGUUAUUUACAAAUAAUUUACGCGAAAUACAAGACAAUGAUUGCUGAAGAAGACGUCAAAAAGUGGCAAACAUUACAAGAAUCAGUGGACACAACUGUCGAUGAAUAUAAUCGAUGCAAACAAAUACAGAAGAAGAAGAAGACAGAAAAAGAUAGCGAUAUAAAUCAAGAGUCAAGUAGUGGUCAACGAUUACAGACAUCAGAAACAAGUCUUUCGUGUUCAACAACUGUCACAGCAGUUGAUCCGAAACCAAUCACUAUUGACAAUAUGGAUCCUCUGACAAGUAUUGCGUCAAACGGACUAUAUGUUUGCCGAUAUAAAUAUUGUGGUAAAGAGUUUAAAACCAGAAAUAGAUUUCAAGAGCAUAUGUCAGUUCAUUCGCAACACAAGUGGCCGAACACGUGUCACAUCUGUCACAAGAAAUUCAAAUUUAAUAAUCUUUUGAGAAGACAUAUGAAGACACACAACAGGAAAAAAUAUUUGUUUAUUUCAGAUGAUGGCAAUGAUGACCAACAAUUGGAUCAAUCUUUACUAAAAUUGUUAAAACAAAACAAUUUCGAUGAUAAACAACAACGAUAUUUGUGUCCAUUUCCCGGAUGUGAUCAUAAAUAUUCGGUAAAGAUUGCAAUGAAAAAUCAUUUUUAUGAAAAUCACUACAAACCAGACUAUAGACCAUUUGUAUGUGAACUGUGCGGACAAGGAUUCAAACGAAAUUAUAUGCUUAAAGAACAUAUGAAUGUACACGACGUGAACCGGCAGAAGACAUACCAGUGCUCUGAAUGUGAUAAAUCGUUUUACAAAAGCUAUGCGCUUAAGGAACACAUGUUGUCUAAACACUCGACGGAAAAGUCAUUUAAAUGUGGUAUCAAUAGCUGUGAAGACAAAUUUCAAUCAGUAUAUCAGCGAAAUCUUCAUCGACUAUCUGUCCAUCAAAUCAAGUAUUCGAUGAAGAAAAUCAAAGACAGGUAUUCGUGUCAAUGGCCCGGUUGUGACUAUCGGUGCGCUGGAAGGGAUCGUCUGGCAGAUCAUACACGUGUACACACCGGUGAGCGUCCGUUUGUGUGUCAGUGGCCAGAGUGUGACAAACGAUUUACUACUAAAAAGGAUCUUAAAAAACAUGUGAUUUGUCAUCAAAAUCAGAAACCAUUUGUGUGUCAAUGGCCCGGAUGUGACUAUCGGGGCAAUAGUAGUGGCAAUCUGUCGGUACAUAAAAAGAUACAUCAAAGACAACAAUAA